AUGACGAAAAUAACAGAUGCAGCAACGAGACAGGCAGUUCAAAGUGCCUAUGACGCCGUUAGAGCAACUGUUGUGAAAAGUCAAGAAAAAGAGUUACAACAGACCAAAACAGACCUAGUAAAUGCUUUCUUAAGAACGAAAAGUCAGGUAGGACAUUACGCUGCAGAUGGAACAUAUGUGCCAGCUGGUGGAACUUAUAUACCACCAAACCCUCCAAGAGAAGCACCUGCACCAGGACUACCUAAAACAUUUACAUCGUCACAUGGACAUAGACACAGGCAUGCACCAAAACCAACACAACAACCAACAGUUCAAAACCCUGCACAACAACCACCUCCACAACCAGCACAACAACCAACAGUUCAAAACCCUGCACAACAACCAACAGUUCAAAACCCUGCACAACAACCACCUCCACAACCAGAGCAAGGACAUAAAAGAAGUAGAGAACAAGGAAACCAAGAAUUCUUAAAAAUGCUUAAAGAAGACUAUGGUUACCCAGAUACUCUUGACUUUAGUGACAGAUAUAAAGAAGCUAUUAGAAAGUUCAAUGAAGGAAAUACUGACCCGAACCUAUUUAGCUUUAUGGCUCAACACCAAAUCGGAUAUAAUUUCAAACCUGGAAAAUACAAGCUCGCAAAGGGAUAUGAUUUAAUAGCAUAUCAUCCAAAUGACAUGAACGAAUUUACUCCGAGAUAUUUGGUGUCAGAGCUAAAUGAUGAUUCAACUAUCUUCAUGAAACGCGUAAAAAAUAGAGACGGAACGAAAGAACAGAGGCUUAUGAAUGCGAAUGACUUAAAUAGGGAACUUGUUGAAAACGGUCUCGGAAUAUAUGAAAUGCCAGCAGAUGAGGUACAAGAAACUCCACAGGAAGAA